UCUCGUGGCCGGUCGCGUCUCCACUUCGUCCUGUUUAUUCCGUGCGCGCGCAUUGCUUUGGCGAACGAGAGCGAACGGCGCACGCACGGACGGCGAGCGGAUCGAGAUCGCGCUGCGAAGCCAGACGAGAGAAGAGAAGGACUACCAGACCGUGCGCACAAACACUUCGCUCUUUCCUGCAGGUUCGACCGAAAGCGCCGCGCGAGAGGGGGGAGGAAUAGGCAACACGUAUCCAAGUGGGACCCUUUUUACUCCAGCGAGAGACGAGCGUGCGGUUGGCAGACAGGAGUUGGAGCGAAGAGGGAGCUCACAGAUUUGGGAAGGCGAGACGAAGAUAAAACGGGACAUAUAAAGAAAGACGCGGCGCGCUUUGAUACGGGAAAUAUGCAGAGCGUGUGGAUAAUUUUGACGCUCGGCUUGGCGGUGGUCCUGUCCAGCGAAAGGAUAUCAGCUGCUCAGACUUCUCAGGUGGAUGACUUGUACCUGGACGACGUGGGGUCAGGAGGGUUCUACCCCGAGGACGACGAUGACUUUAACUCCGGCUCUGGCUCUGGUGCAGGUGAAGAUGGCGACGUUGAGACAGCAACAGUGAGUACGGUUUAUAUCCAGCCCAAAGCAGCAGCUCCGACCAAGGACGUGACCAAAGACUACACCCCCAGAGUCGACCCCAUCACCGAGAGAGCCAUGACACCCAGGAAACCAUUCAGAACAGAGGCUCCUGUGCCAGUGACAGAGGACACCCAGAGAUACGAGAUGACCAGUACGACCAGUGUUCCCGGAUCACCACAGGAGGCAGUAGAGGUGCACUCAGACAACCUCUUCCACCGGACAGAGGUGUUGGCAGCGGUGAUUGCUGGUGGAGUCAUCGGCUUCCUGUUCGCCAUCUUCCUGAUCCUGCUGCUGGUUUACCGCAUGAGGAAGAAGGACGAGGGCAGCUACGACCUGGGCGAGAGGAAACCCAACGGCACCGCGUACCAGAAGGCCCCCACCAAGGAGUUUUAUGCAUAAACGCAACCCAGCCCAAUCCAAUAUAGAAUCCAACAGACACGCCACCAAGCGACUGUGUGAACGCAGUCAGUGACAACAGAGAAGCUACUGUUACACAUUUGAUAAGGAAAUAGCAUAAGGAGUGUUGUAAUUAUAAACAACUCGAUUAUUUUUAAUUAAAACCAAGCUUUUUUUUCAUUUUGUGGCGAAUCAGUGUACAUAAAGCUGCGCUAUGUAGCUUUUCUGGUGAAGGGUUUGUACCGUCUGGCUUGUUUCCAUGGAGAUGGUGUUGCUUUGCCUGGAAUGUUCCGCAGUAAAUCGCUAAACUCAACUAUCUUUUAUUCAAUUACACGUUUUAUUGCUCAAAAGUACCUUGAAAUACAUGUAUUCUUACACAGAACGGGCUUGCCUCUCCACAGAUCUGGCUUGCAUCAGCUUGUCUCAGUGAAAAUAGUUAUAUAUACACACUGCGGAACACUCCAAGCAAAGCAAUCUCUAGAACGUCUCUAUGACAACAAGCAAGUGGUAGACCCGCCUCCAAAAAGUCACACAGCACGUCUUUAAUCAUUUUGUGUAUUAUUUGAAAAAAAAAAAAGAAAACACAUAAGAAACCAGUUGUGUAAAGACGGACACCUCGAAGCUAUUGUUCGCUAACUACUUUAACUGUAGCAGUACGUAACUUGUAAAGACAAAGUUUAAACAUGGACACAAGUGAUUAUAAUGAUUCUGUAUCAAUCCUAUUUUCUUUCUCAUUUUAUUUGUGUUAGCAUGUCUGAUGUCGAUCGCUAAAAAUGUAUUACGUUAAUUUAUCUUUUCUCGGAUGUUUUUUAAAAUGCCUUUGUAGUUUUGAUGAAGCCAUUUGGUCUUCAUAUUAACAGUUAACGGUCAAUGUAAUGUCCUACUUCAGGUUACAAUGUUUAUUUCAUUCUGUCAUAACUUUCAAGUCAAAUUUAAUAUUUCGGGUCUUUUUUCAGACAGAGGUUUUUGCUCAAACCUAGAAAACCGUUUUUAAUGUUUCAGGGCUUAUCACGGAAUUAACUUUACGGUACAUGGUAGUUAUUUUUCGAUUUUUUUUUGUUUUAAUUUCGGACAUUGCACAGUCACAGCUUGGCCCCGGCUGAGUUCCUUCUGUUUUGGUUCCGACGAUUUCCUGGUUGUGGCCUCAGACUACUCCUGGUUCUUUCUUUUCCUUUGUCCCCAUUUUUCUCUCUCUUUCUCCCAACUUUCUUUUCAAUCUUCUUGGAGCUCCGCCAUGACUCUUUCCAACCCCUUUUAUAUGUGUUUGGUGUUUUUGUCCAUGCUGCAAUGUUGACGCUUUCAGCCUGAAAAAGCAGGUGGGUAGAGGCUGCAAAUUCGAAUAUGCCGUACGCAAUUUCCAAGUAUUCCUGAAGGGGGAAUUGCUAUAGAUAAGAAAAAAAAAGAAAAAAAAACCCAAACAACUAAAUUAGUGUUAAAAGUCCGGACUAAAUCUGAAAAAGCUACUUGUACUUAGGGCUAUUCACGUUUUCUGACUGGAGGAAUUUGUAGUCACAGAUGCUUCUCGGAAUAAGAAUAAGAAGGAGGCCAUGUUGAUGUUGUUUACCAGUUUGGAAAUGCAGGGAUUGGAAAUUUAUAGAGAAUUAAAGACUGCAACAUGUUCUACUGAUGUUACAAAUAUAGCAAAAUGUUUAUUAAGAUGCAGAAAUGUGCAUUUUUUAGUUAAAUGGCUGAACAGAGCUUGUAAUUGCUGAGAGUGAAUAUAGUGUUAGGGAAUAGGUCUCAACAAAACAAUGAAAUACUGAAGAUCUGCUUGCUAAAAACGUUAAUUAAACAAAGAAGAUCUGUAAAAAAUUGAUAUAUUUAGAAAAAAUGUUUGCAAAAGUAAAAUUAUUCCAGCCUAAGAGUUCACUGAAUGAGUUAUAAAGCACAAAUCUGGUGAAAGACAUACUGUAUAUUAGAAAAAAAGACAGGACAGACAACAGACAAAUGUAUUAAAUAUGAGAUGUGCGUUUGGGGCCGUCAGCUGGUCCCACGGUUCCUCUUUUCUACCGGCCCUUUGGUGUACAGACCUCCUCACCCCCUGUGUGUCCCUGGUCUGAUGAGUGUUAGCAGGUCGUGCGCUGCUUUUCUCAGCUGUACAGUAAAUGUGAACGUAUAAGGUACUAUAGAGUCUGUCACAUGGUCCGACCCCUCCUCUCCUCCUCCUCCUCCUCUUAAAUCUCUCUUUGUCUGUUUUGUUCCUCUGUUUUUGCCGUACCUACACGUUUCUGAAUCCCAAAGACACACAGUAUUUUUGUCCUCUCCUUCACGGCCACAUCAUGUUGUUUCCACAUUUUUAGCCCUUUAAGUCCAGUCGCUUAUUAGUAAAAGAUAUAUAAAUAUAUAUAAAUGUAUAUUAUUCACAAAUGUUUUAAACCUUCCAAGUGCCUACCAUUGGAGCGGCGUGCUCGCUGAGCAGAGGAUGUACGCAGACGUCUGUGUGUGGACUGUAAAUGGUACUUUUUUUUAGUCUUAAAAAAGCUGACAGUAUUGUACCUAUGAGUUGAAACAACACUACUGAAUAAACAUUGU